UCCAUGUUCCGUAUCAUACGUGAAUUCAAGUUUGUCUCGAAUGGUACAACAUUGUCGUUGCACUGCAUCGCAAAAUAGUUUACUGUACACAGAAAAUAUAUAAACAAAAGGAAUACGAAAAUGAAUUCGAGAAAAUUCAGUGUCUGUUUGAUGUUUGCAGUUACUUUAUUAAUCCUAACACAGCACCGAACAAAUGCACAAGGUCCCAUCGCUUUGAUACGAAGCAUACUACAAAAUAACCUCGUUGGAGCGCCUGUUGUGCACAAAGUUAGCGAAUGGGAUUUCGAUCCAGAAAUCAGUCAGAAACGCAGAGCUCAAUUUUAUGAGCUUCAUGGAUACCGAGCCGAUAAAUUGAUCGAACGGCUAGGUUUGGGCAUUGACGGGCAUGCAGAGGAAAGAUUGCAGCAACAACGGGCACGCGAUGCUGGACAACUUAACGGAGUAAUUUAUCGGAGUGACAAAUACGCGAGUCUUCAUUAAUUGAUUUUUCUUUUUUGCAAUCGCAGAUAUAUCCAUAGAACACGGCCACAAUUAUGUGAUAUAGAUUUAGUUCCUAUAACGACAUCAAAUAAUUAAGAAACGACUUUCGAAUAACCAAAUUCAAAAUUCCAUUUUUCACGCACAAUUAGAAUGUUUUUAUGGUUAAAUCUGCAAAGAAAUUUUUUUAGUUCUGUGCCUUUCGAUCGGGCCAUUU